AUGGCAUCGUCAAACCCAUUCCUGCUGGCAGCCGACAACAGCCCCGCGCUGCUGCCUCUACUCCGGGAAAAGCCUGCGCUGGCCUCGGCCCAGGACGAACAUGGAUACUCGCUCGUCCACGCCGCCGCCAGCUACAACCACCUGGAUCUGCUCCGGACGCUGAUCGAGGAAUUCAAGGUCGAUGUCAACCUCAAGGACGAAGAUAACGAGACCGCGCUAUUCGUCGUCGAAACUGCCGCCGCUGCCAAAGCUCUGGUUGAGCUGGGCGUGGACGUGUUGCACAGAAGCUUGGAGGGGCUCACGGCGAGGGAAAAGAUUGAGGGCGAGGCCGACUUUCCCGAAGUCGCCGCCUAUCUGUCUACCGUGGAGUCGGCAAAGGCCGGAGAGGAGCUCGAGGCCACCGCCGCUGAGUUCAACAAGAAUGCUCCUGAAGGCAUGAAGGUCACUGUCGGCACCAUGGACGAGACGCAGGACAUUCCCGCCGAGGUCGAUCCCGAGUUCCGGCGCCGAAUCGAGGAGUUGGCUCAGCGGGAGGACUUUGACACGGCAGAGGGCCAGGCAGAUCUGCGCAAGCUAGUGGAGGAAGCCCUCUCUGACCAAGGACUGGCCGAGGAGCGAAAUGUGCGGUCCAAGCAAGCCUAG